CACAGCCAAUGACGGCGACAACGAGCUCACUGAAGCGGGCGAGCAAGCCCACCACCACGAGAAGGGCCACUGGGGCAAGGACGAAUCAUCUGCUUGCGAAUCCGUCUCUGGGCCCAGCCCCACCGACGAUGGCCAGGAUUAUUCUGCCGCAUACGAACAGAACCUCUACCUCCACGAAAUGCACUUCUUCCAUUUGUACAGAGAGCAAAUCAAGGAGAAGGAUCUUGUGAUUCCUGACGACCGGCUCACCGAGCGCGAGUGCAACAUUAUCGCCCUGCUCUCCGCCAGACGCCGCGCCAACUUCUACCUCCAACUCAAGUCGGAAUUCUUCAACAUCACCGGACGCAGGGUUCCCGCGCAGUAUCUGAAGUACAAGUUUGACGAGAAGAAGUCGAUCAUCAAGAACCGAGAUGGCCGUUAAGGGGAUAUGGGUGGCCUAGGGAGCUUUGGGUCGUGUGAGCCAUGAUACUCACGUAGUUCAUUUUGUGCGAUAGUUCUGGUUAUUCACACCGAUCUUUUAUGGUGUUAGAUGAUAUGACAGAUUGAUUUUACCUGGAUUGUCUACGGAUACUGGAGUAGGUAUGGUUCAUUGGCCGGAGUUUUGCGCGAAGUGGUAGAUCGGCUGGGGCGUUGGUAUUGCUUUACACGCACCGGGGCUUGCUGGAGAUCAGGCGAGGAUACAUAUUCCUUGCGGCGAAAAGAAGGUUGUGAGCUUGAGCCGAACCUUCUGAGUUCUUGUUUGCUGGGCUACAUGCAUGUAUGGAUAGGAAAUCUCGGUAUCGACAAUAGCUGAAUGGGCAAUCAGUAACAUACAGGUGUGAUCCAGGUCUGACAAGGUAGUCAAUGCCGGUAUGUGAUGAUUCUCGAUAACAUGCCUUGGACUGCAAAUGGUGAGUCUGCGUUUUUCUU